UUUUGCCUCGAACAGAGACUUACCAGCAGUCGUCCGUCUGUCGAGAGCGUGUUGAGGAUGAUGUUGUUCGUCGUGCGUGAGAGUCGACGACGACGACAUUUCGUAGCACGGCGAGGCCCGUCAACGAUGUGUUGUCUACGUAGCAUUGUGAAAAACUUCGUGUUCGCGUAACGCGAAUUUAAAAAAACAAAAGUGAAAAAAUACGGUAUAACAUCUCUCAAUUAAGUCCAUGCGUUCCAUAUAGCCAUGGCUUCAGUGAAGGUAGCCGUGAGAGUUCGUCCCUUUAAUAAAAGGGAGCUGGCAAUGAAUGCAAAGAUGAUCGUACAAAUGGAUGGCAAGAAAACACGGAUUUUCAAUACCAAGACACCGGGUAGUUGCAGAGAAAUCGACAGGGAGAAAUAUAAAGAUUUCACAUUCGAUCAUUCCUAUUGGUCCUUUGAUACGAACGACGAUAAUUAUGCAUCCCAGGAAGAGGUUUUCUAUGAUCUUGGUACGGACGUAAUAGAAAGUGCCUUCGAGGGUUAUAAUGCCUGCGUCUUUGCUUACGGCCAGACAGGGUCUGGGAAGACCUUUACUAUGAUGGGCACACCGGAAGCUCAAGGAUUGAUACCGCGGAUUUGUAAGACACUAUUCGCUAGAAUGGCUGCUGGUAAAGAGAGCGGAGCAUCGUAUAGAACCGAGGUAUCUUUCCUGGAAAUACACAAUGAAAGAGUAAGAGAUUUGCUAAGACUGGAUCAGUCACAGUCUCAUUCUCUCAGAGUGCGGGAACAUCCUAAAAGAGGACCUUAUGUCCAAGACCUGUCGAGCCACCUCGUAUAUGAUUAUUCAGACAUUCAGGAAUGCAUGGUGAGAGGUAAUACGCACAGAACUACAGCAAGCACAAACAUGAACGACGUGAGCAGUAGGAGUCACGCAAUUUUCACAAUUACGUUCGUGCAAGCUGGAUUAUCCGAGGGCAACAUGCCAUCGGAAACUGUUUCCAAGGUGCAUCUUGUCGACUUGGCUGGAAGCGAACGUGCAAACGCUACAGGUGCGACAGGCCAACGACUAAAAGAAGGUGCGCAUAUCAAUAAGUCACUGGUAACUUUAGGUUCUGUGAUAUCGGCGCUUGCGGAACUCAGUUCUACAGGCGAUGCGUCUUCUUCCUCUAAGCGUAAUGUCUUCAUACCUUAUCGAGAUAGUGUGUUGACAUGGUUGCUAAAGGAUUCGCUUGGUGGUAACUCUAAAACAAUUAUGAUAGCUGCUAUUAGUCCAGCCGAUUGUAAUUAUGGCGAGACUCUCAGUACGCUCAGAUACGCGAACCGAGCGAAAAAUAUCAUUAAUAAACCAACUAUAAACGAAGAUCCAAAUGUAAAAUUGAUCAGGGAACUCAGGGAAGAAAUACAAAAAUUGAAGUCCCUUAUUGGUAAAGAUAUGAGUGUUGAAAGACCACCACAAGUAUUGUUAGCUCAAAUUCAUGAAAAACAAGAACAGGAGAAAGUAUUGACAGAAGAAUGGACGGAAAAGUGGCGAGAAACGCAACAAAUUCUUCAAGAGCAGAAAGCGUUAGGUCUUCGAAAAAGCGGCGUUGGUGUAGUCUUAGAUUCAGAGAUGCCACAUUUAGUAGGAAUUGAUGAUGAUCUCCUCAGUACUGGUGUUACACUUUAUCAUCUUAAAGAGGGCAAGACAUUAGUAGGAACAGAAGAAGCACCAACCACGCAGGAUAUUGUAUUGACUGGUGCGGACGUGGAGCCAGAACACUGUGUGGUAGAGUUAGAUAGUGGCGUGGCGACCCUUCAUCCCCUUUCUCUCCAUUGUUGGAUUAACACCGCUCAAGUAGAUAAACCAACACGGCUAUCACAAGGCUGUAUUAUUCUUCUUGGGAGGAACAAUAUGUUCCGAUAUAACGAUCCAGCUGAAGCGGCGAAACUAAGAAAGGAAGGUGGAACGGGUAAUGGUAACUUACAAUCCACAGUCGUCAAUCUUUCAAGAUUGUCCCUCUUGAGUUGGAGUGUCUCGGAUUUGCAUGCUUCAUCCUCUAGCGAUAACCUUUUAAAUUCGAGCGAAGAUCUGCGAGCGCUCGAAGAACUGGAACAGCAAAAAGCUGCUCUUAUCAAGGAAAAAGAAGAUUUCAAGAGGGAACAGGAAGAAAGAGAAGAAAGAUGGGCCGCAAGAAGAGAGGCAUUGGAAGGAGCGCAGCGUGAGUUGGAACGUGAAUGGGGUGCCCAAUGGAAAGAAUGGGCAGAUGCCAUAGCAGCUCUCGAAUCUCGGCAACGCGAGUUGCGCACGCGACGUCACAUCCUGGAACAAGAGCGACGGGACGAAAUGACGCAAGUAGAAAAUUUAUGUAGGGAAGUUGCCUCUCUGCGCACAACAUUGCAGUCCAAGCAUCGUCAGUUUCAAGAAUUCAUGAGCAAUCACGAACGUGCACAAAGAUUUCAUCAAUGGUGGGAGAAGACGGAUGACGGUGCUGGCAGUGACGGCAGUUUGCCAGAAUCUUGGUCAAGUUUGAACGAUGAUAAAUGCGUUGACGCGGUGAGAGAGCUUGUUAAUCAUCAUAAAAAAGAAUUAGCUGUUUUGGAAACUGAACUGCAAAAUAAGGUAAAGUCCCUCAAUGAACACCAGUGCAAGGUGGAUAGAAUGGAAGAAGAGUUAAUUGAGAUAGCUAAAAAACAAAAAUAUAUGCUUAAUUUAGAGUUAGAGGGAGAAGGAAGUACAGAAAAAAAAUUGUUACUCGCGAAACGAAGUCAGGAACAAUUGCAGGAGAUUUUGAGAAGAAAACAAAGUCUCUCGUUAAAUUUAAAGCGUGCAUUACCCGCUUUUUCAAAUGAUUGUUCUUUAAGCGGUGAUGAAAUUCAUCAAAAUGGAGAUACCCAGAUGUUUGAUAAUACAUGCAAUAGAAAACUUCAAAUAGCUUCUGCUUUGAAUUUACUGCCACAAGAUAUUCCAAGUUCCAUAGAUACAGCAGAUACAUUUCAUACAGCUGCGGCUGAUUCUCCUGAACUUCGAAUUCCUGAAUUCGAAGAUUCAGAAACAAAAGAAUCACAGGAGUCAUUAAAUGAGAAACAAAAGGAAUUAGAAAAAGUUUCGCCAGAAGUUCACUUGGAGAAUAAUAGGGCUAAAAUAUGUGAAGCAGAAAGCAAAAGUUUGGUAAAUUUGAAUAGAAAAUCUUCAAUAGAUACAAUUAAAUCAAUAGAACAAUGUAAUGGUAGCGUUAGUGAAAAAACGGAAUCAAAAUCUCCAACAAAUUCUAUUAUGGAAGAAGAUAUUCCUGAAGAUUCGCUGGAAUCGCCAGUGCAACAAAAUCCAGCAAUGAAACGAUUGAACCAAAGAAUCGCUCGUCAACGAAUGAUGGUGAUGAGGUGUCUGGAGGCCAAUACGCCUUCUAAAGAAGAUUUAAACAAACAAAUUGCAAUCUUACAAGAUCUUCAAAAGCAACAAAUUGAAUUAGAAGUUUCAUUAUUAGAAGAUGAACGAAAAAAUCUCAAGCAACAAUCUAAGUCACAGUGCGAUGAUAGAUUGUUAGCCAGUGAUAUAAAUGAUCGUACACAAAGUGUAGAAACUAUAACGUGCGGUGAUAUUGAAUCCACGACUAAUUCGGCUACAUUAUUGACUUUGGCUACAACGCGAUCUCCAAUUCUCAGGAAUCACAGGCCUAAUACUAAUGAGGAGAAUUUGUCGGAAUCAGUUGCACCUCGAAUAUCAUCAGGAAGAGGAUAUUCAACAGUAUAUUUAACGAGUCAAAAUCGAGGUGAUCGUUUGAGUAGUCCAUAUUCCUUAACUAUCACGAGAUCUCUGCCAUCUUUGAUAGCAAAUGAUGCCGAUUACGACAGUGUAAUUAACGUGAUUGUUAGUAUACCUUCUUAUGUAAUACGCGGAGCUGGCACAUCCAGUCAUUACGAAUAUGAAGUACGUGUUGUGGCUCAGGAUGAUAGCUGGACGCUUUUACGUAGAUACAGAAGAUUUCGAGAGUUAUAUAUUUCUAUGCGACAGAAGUAUGGUAGCAAGGUAGCAGCAAUACGCUUUCCACCUCGUCAAGUUUUCCCAAGAUAUGAGGUUGUGGCACGGCAACGUAGAAAACGAUUAGAAGAAUAUUUACGACGACUGAUUCAAGUCUGCUCAGAAUUGCCGCACUGUGAAUCUCUUUACAAGUACAACGGCAACUUAAGCAACAUAGAUAAGCAAUCACUGCUAGAAUUUAGUUCGUUCUUCAGGCGUGGAACGUUCGAAAGCAGCAAAUAUGGAACAAGUUAAACAAUUAAGAAAAAAGCACACAUGAUUCUCUCGAAGAAGAAUGAACAAAUUCAAGUGGACGCAUAGGAAAUAUUUAUAAUUUGUUAUGUAUUUUUUAUAUCGAUGAACUGGAAAAAAGCUAAAGUGGGGAAAAUAUUAGCAAAAUAUAAUUACCACUUUUUACAGUUAUUACUAUAUAUUUACCAAAAUAUGUCUCCAAAAGUUUAUUGUUUAUAAGACUGAUAUAUAUAUAUAUAUCAUAUAUUUGA